AUGUGGGACUGGAGGCAGCUUAGGUGGUUAUCUUAUUUCGGCUGGUGGCCAGCUGCGGCCAAGACAAAGCGAGCCUAUAAGAUGUUGAGAAUAUACGGUAUCAUACUGUUCCUCUAUGACUUUUUGCAACUGGGCCCCGAGCUAAUAGCAUUAUACUUAGUGAUCUGUAAGGGCUCGAUGAAAGAGGUGGUGCUUACCCUCAACAACAACCUCCUGGGCCUCGGCAGCGCCUGGAAUAUAGGAUGGGUUCUCUUCAACGAGAGGAACAUUAUGUGGAUCAUAAAAAAGUUAGAAGACUUGGAAAUCGAAGUACAGGAGAUGAUUGGAAGCGAAGAAUACGACAAGAUUGCCGCUCCCAAAUACAAACUCUGCAGGAACUAUGUCGUUACAAUCUACAUAUUCUUGGCGGGCCUCUUUCAAUUGACCAUAUAUUCUUUGUAUUGGACCUAUAACGGCCACGUAAGCUACAUCGUAGAGACCUGGGUUCCUUGGAAUACAAACAACUUACAAUCUCUGAUCAUCUUAUACACACUUCAACUGGUCCACAGCUAUUCUGGCCUCACGGCAUACGCUACAAUAUACCACUUGUACAUGUCAAUUUUCGAAAUGAUAUUACUCGAAAUUAAAGCUUUCCACGUAGCUCUUUCGAAACUGGACUUCUCCUCACCAGGGGUAGAUUGCCAUCCUCCUCUGACCCUCGAAUCAUGUGUUAAGUUUCACCAGGAUCUUCUAGCAUUAUGUAAAAAAUAUGACAAGACGAUAAACGUUACACUUUUCCUAUUUAUUAUGUUUAGUUCUAUGACGCUGUGUUUAUCUGUUUUUGAACUUUCGUUAAUACAAGACAGAGGUAAACUAACGAUUCUUGUCGAAUUAAUUCUACUCACUAUGUCGAUGACGUACUUUUAUUGUGUGAGUAGCCAGGAAACUGUUGAGCAGAUGACUAUUGGAACAUUACGCUCAGCAUACGACAACAAUUGGUACGUCGGCAGCGUGAAGGACAAGAAAGCAUUAAUCUUACUCUGCAAAAUGGCUAAGAAAGAAUUUCAAUUUGGAUUUAUCAUACCUACAAAUUUACCAACUUUCAUAACGGUAAUUAAGACAGCUUUCUCAUAUUAUAAUUUUCUCACUGCUAUGAAUUUACAAAAGUGA